AUGAAAGCAAAACCAAAAGCUCCAUUUAUUUGUAAAUACCAAAUCCAACCCCUCAUAGUACUCGAUCUCCAUGCUCUCUCCUCCAUCCUCCGCCCUCCACCCGCUAUGGUUGCCGGAACACGAUCACCCACAACUGUAAUCAUUCUUGUAUCUCUCUUCCUCCUCCUCCUCCUCUUAUGGUGCACCACCACACAACCACCAACUGCAAUCGCCAUUCGUGUUAUAAACAACCACCAAGAGGAUCAACAUUAUUAUCAACCGUUAUCGACUCACCGCGUACUGAUCAGCAACAGGAAGGUGUUAUCACAUCCCACGAAAUUCGACUUCACACCAUUCAUUCAUGGGCAUCACCACCACCACCACCACCGUCACCGCCACCACCAACACCGGCUGGCGGCAGCAGGGUCCAAGAUCGACCCACGAUACGGUGUUGAGAUGCGGCUUGUCCCGACGGGUCCAAACCCUUUGCACCAUUAA